UUCUUUUUUUUUUUUUUUUCUUUUUUUAAAUAAAAAAAAAAUUUGAUACCCUUUUGUUCUUUUUCUUUUAUUUUAUUUUUGUCUCUUUUUCCUGUUCCCUUUUUCUUUUUCUUCUUCUUCUCUUUCUCUUUCUUUUUUUUUUCUUUUCUUUUUUUUUUCUUUCUUCCUUUUAUCUAUUUAUUAUCUACCUCUUUUUUUUUAUUCUUCUUAUUAUCUACUUUGUAUCAUUCUAAUAGAUAUUCAAUGUAUAACGUUCCGUUUCAUCUUUCCAACUUUAAUCCACAGUCAUCACAGCAACAGCAACAACAACAACAACAACAGCAACAACCUCCGAAUACUGGUGUUGGUAUGGAUCGUAAACCUUUUAAUUCACCUUUAGCAACAACUUCUUCUUUGGAUUCAUCGCCUAUACCCACUGAUAUGCUACAACAAACGAGUGACCGAUCUUCUUCGUCGUAUCCAACGUUACCGCCAAGCUAUACUAACAACCCUUUAAACUCAGUCAGUCCAACCCCCAGUAACAAAAUACCAACAAUAAGUAAUACCAGUAACAUCAAUACACCUGGAAGACCUUAUGAUAUGUAUGAUACAACACCUAUUCCCUCCAAUUACAAACAACAACAACAACAACAAUCACCGCUCCCAAAACAAUCCACUUCAUCAUCAUCCAAAAGUAGCAAUGCGUAUUAUGCAAACAAUGAUGAUUGGACUCUUUCAUCUGCUCCUUCACCACAUCCAUCCUCAUCUGCCACAGCUUCCAAUAAUUUAGAUCAGGAUCUCAAUGAUAAUGGUGAUUAUGUAGUUUCUCCCAAUUCUGGUACAUUGGAUGACGAAUUACAACAACAACAGUAAGUAAAAAAAAAAAGGAUGAUUUGAAUUUCAGCGUAGUUGGCCAACACUAGAAAGUGUUUAUAUGGAACACGUGAGAGAAGGGAA